UCGACAGCAAAACAGAUAGACAAAGAGACGGGGAAGAAAUUCACUUGUGUUUCUCUAACACAACCACGUCUCUCCCUCUCUCUUUUUUAUCUCUUCCCACCAACCUCUCUAGCAUGCUGGAGGUUUAAUUUUUCUUCAUUUCUCAACCCUUGUACUAACAUUACAGUCACUCCUCGCCCUCUCCUUAUCUCCGUGAGCGUGUUCGCGACCACCACUUCUCAAGAUGGACGAUUCAAUGGCCGAAGACUCCGUCUUUGACGACGGCGGUAGCUCCGACUUUGUCCCUGAGCCUGCUCCCAAACCCAAGGCGAAGGCGGCUCCCAAGAAAGCGGCGCCCAAGAAAAUGACACAGACCACUCUCACAGCCAAGAAGCCUGCUGCAAAGGGCGCAGCGGCCAAGAAGCGGGCAAAGCCUGACAGCGAUGAUGAAAUGGACGACGACCCCAUGUCCGACGAUGGCGACGACUCAGCUCUUUCGCAUACCCCGCCGACGAAGGCAAAGAAGGCCCCCGCUGGCAAAAAGGGUGGCUCUAAGCCUCUGGCCGAUAAUGAAAAUGAAUCGUUUGGAAAUGACGAUGCUGAUGAAGCGCCCAAGAAGGAAACCAAUGCAUCAGAGAAGUACCAGAAGCUCACACAAUUAGAACAUAUUAUUAAACGUCCGGAUACAUAUAUUGGUUCCACAGAGCGCACUACCCAACAUAUGUGGGUAUACAGCUCGGUGUCGGAAGGAAUGGAAUACCGUGAAGUCUCCUACGUCCCUGGUCUCUACAAGAUCUUCGACGAAAUCGUUGUGAACGCGGCAGACAACAAGCAGAAUGACAAGAACAUGGACGAGAUUCGUGUAACCAUCAGUCGCGAAUCGGGUGAGAUCAGCGUCUGGAACAACGGUCGGGGUAUUCCAAUUGAGAUGCACUCAAAGGAGAAGUGCUAUGUCCCCGAACUGAUCUUCGGUCAACUUCUGACAUCGUCCAACUACGAUGAUACCCAACAGAAAGUGACUGGUGGUCGUAACGGUUUCGGUGCUAAGCUGUGUAACGUCUUCUCCACCGAGUUCAGCAUUGAAACCCAGGACUCGCGUGUGAAAAAGAAGUAUAAGCAGACUUGGACCGAGAACAUGACCAAGAUUGGCAAGGCAAAGAUCACCGAAGCCAAAGGGGAGGACUACACCAAGGUCACCUUCAAGCCUGAUUACGCCAAAUUCGGCAUGGAAAACAUGGACGAUGACUUCGAGGCUCUUGUCAAGCGUCGUGUCUAUGAUUUGGCAGGUACUGCCAAGGUUGCUGUCAAGUUGAACGGCUCUCGCAUUCCCGUUCGCAACUUUAAGAAGUACAUGGAAAUGUACACUAAAGCAAUCCGAAGAGAGCGUGGCGACGACGGUCCCGCGGCCAAGGAUGAAAUCAUCACCUGUAGCCCGGACCCUAGAUGGGAAGUUGGUUUCGCCGUAUCGGAUGGCGCCUUCCAACAGGUGUCGUUCGUCAACUCCAUCGCCACGACCUCUGGUGGUACCCACGUGAACUACAUCGCCGAUCAGAUCUGCAACAAGUUGGCGGAGACGGUCAAAAAGAAGAACAAGAAUGGAGCAACUCUCAAGACCGCCCAGAUUAAGAACCACAUCUUCAUCUUCGUGAACGCCCUCGUCGUUAACCCGGCCUUCACCUCCCAGACCAAGGAGCAGCUUACGACGAAGACCAGCCAAUUCGGUAGCAAAUGUGUGCUCGAGGAAGAUUUCUACAAGAAGAUCCUCAAGACUGAGGUCAUGUCGAACAUCUUGCAUUUCGCUCAGCAAAAGGCCGACCAGAUGCUGAAGAAGUCUGACGGUGGCCGCCGCUCUCGCAUGAACAAUCCGAAAUUGACUGACGCUAACAAAGCUGGAACGAAGGAUGGCCAUCACUGCACUCUCAUCCUGACUGAGGGUGACUCGGCCAAGGGUUUGGCCAUGGCUGGACGAGCGGUCGUCGGUCCGGAUCUUUUCGGUGUGUUCCCCUUGCGAGGAAAGCUUCUCAACGUCCGUGAUGCUUCUUUCGAUCAGAUCGCAAAGAACGCGGAAAUUCAAAACAUCAAGAAUUUCAUCGGUUUGCAACAUAAGAAGGAAUACACUGAAACACGGGGUCUGCGUUACGGUCACUUGAUGAUCAUGACUGAUCAGGAUCACGACGGUAGUCACAUCAAGGGAUUGCUCAUCAACUUUCUUCAAGCUCAAUUCCCGAGUUUACUGAAGAUCCCCGAGUUCCUCAUCGAGUUCAUCACUCCCAUUGUCAAGGUCUGGAAGGGUGACCCCAAGAAUCCAACCAAGCAGCGCUCCUUCUUCACUAUGCCUGAGUACGAUGCAUGGAGGGAGGAGCACCAACACGAACGUGGUUGGGAUCACAAGUACUACAAGGGUUUGGGUACUAGCACUACUGAAGAUGCCCAAGUCUACUUCCGUGAUCUGGACCGCCACCUCAAGGAAUUCCACACGAUGCAGGAUAAUGAGGCCGAAUUGAUUGAACUUGCCUUCUCGAAGAAGAAGGCUGAUGAGCGAAAGGAAUGGCUGCGCCAGUUCAAGCCUGGAACGUACCUGGACCACUCUGUAUCGAAAAUUACCUACACCGACUUCAUCAACAAGGAGCUCAUCCUGUUCAGUAUGGCUGAUAACAUGCGAUCUAUCCCGUCGGUUGUUGAUGGUCUGAAACCUGGUCAGCGUAAAGUCUUGUACGCUUGUUUCCGCCGCAACCUGAAGAAGGAUAUGAAGGUGGUCGAGUUGGCCGGUCACGUUUCCGGUAUGACGGCGUACCAGCACGGUGAGGCUUCUUUGCAGCAAACCAUUGUUGGUCUUGCACAGAACUUUGUCGGAUCGAACAACGUCAACUGUUUGGAACCUAGUGGAAACUUUGGUAGUCGUCUUCAAGGUGGAGCUGACUGCGCCAGCGCACGUUACAUUUACACCCGACUGUCACCUUUUGCACGACGCGUAUUCAACCAGGCCGAUGAGCCUCUGCUCACGUACAAUGAAGACGAUGGCGCAAAGAUUGAGCCCGAGAUGUACAUGCCCGUUGUUCCUAUGAUCUUGAUCAAUGGUGCCGAUGGUAUUGGUACGGGAUGGAGUUCUUCAAUUCCCAACUACAACCCCGAAGACAUCGUGGAGAACCUCAAACGGAUGAUGGAUGGAGAAGAGCUCAAGCCCAUGCAGCCAUGGUUCCGCGGCUUCACUGGUGAAGUCACUGCUAUUGGCGGUGAUCGUUACAAGUUCAGCGGUACCAUCAAAGAGUCGGGAGAGAAGGAGGUGGAAAUCACCGAGCUUCCCAUUAGGAGCUGGACACAAGAUUUCAAAGAUAAGCUUGAGGAUAUCAUCAAGGCUGACAAGACGCCUUCGUUCAUCAAGGACUACAAGGAUUACAACACGCACACCAAGGUUCACUUCGUCAUUCAGUUGGACGAGAAGAACAUGAAGGGAGCGUUGAGCGAGGGCCUGGAGGAAAAGUUCAAGCUAUCGAAAACCCUUGCGACUACCAACCUUGUUGCGUUUGACCCUGAGGGUCGAAUCACAAAGUAUGCCACCGUUGAAGAUAUUCUCAAGGAGUUCUUUACGAUCCGGCUCAAGUACUAUGAGCGACGCAAGGUAUGCUUUUUCUGACUGGCAUGAGGCCAGAUAGCGUGUUUAUAGAAUGAGCUAACACGAUUUGCAGC